AUCGUACACAGGACGAGUUAAAGUUGAGUACACGGUUGUCGAUGACAUCACAGAAAAACGAGCCCGAAAUAGACGAAAUAUGACGGAGAAGUAGAGGCGACCAAACAUUCUUACAAAAUUGGCCAAGCUGAUUGUCGUUUUCUUCCUACACACACAGCAACCAUGAGAUAUGCUGUCGCCCUGAUAUCAAUUUUUACCUUGACCUUCGCCGAUGUACACAAUGAUCUACUGUCGACCUUGAACGUGCUUCACGACAGCGAAGCUUACCAAGCCCUUCCCCCAGAGCUACAGGUGUUGACGGUUGAGUUAGCCGCGUGUGCCAAGACUGGUGAACUAACAAGUUACAUCGACAAGAUCGGCUUCUCCUCUGUCCUCAACCUCAUCAGACAUUUGCCCGUUGCUGACGCGCAUGAUUUAGAAGACUACCUCCUAAAGGUCUUAACAAACGAGGGUCUGGCUGCAUUACAACAACAAACACAACAUGCUGAAGUCACUGCUACUACAGAAACACAGAGAGCAAAUGAUCGAAAGAGGUCAAAGAGGUCGACAUCCGAUUCAUACCUGCAUAAUCUGGAGUCAAGUAACGCCUAUCAGAGCCUGCCACUGCAGUACAGGGGCGUGUUGAAGUCUCUUUUGGCCGCCGCCCACUCCAACACUCUCACCCAGUACAUCAGAAACGACGUGAACAUCCUCCCCAAACUACUUCACCAUAUGAACCCAGGCCUGGCCCGCAGACUCAACGCUUACUUUAUACAGCAAUUACGGAGAGAGGGACGACAACAUGCAGCUGAUGACGAGGAGGAUUAGAUAAUCGUAAACACACAUUGACUAGGACAGUAUCAAAAAUAAAACAAAUCAAUAAAAUGUAUCAAAACUGGUAAAAAUGUCAUAGCUUGU